GGUUUCUUGUUUGUUGGGGCGUGUGUAUGUGUGUUUGGGGGGACUGAGGGGGCUCACGGGGGCGAAACCGGAGCGACCAUGGCAGCGGCGGAGGAGGAGGACGGAGGCCCCGAAGGGCUAAAUCGCGAGCGGGGCGGGGCGGGCGCGACCUUCGAAUGUAAUAUAUGUCUGGAGACUGCUCGGGAAGCGGUGGUCAGUGUGUGUGGCCACCUGUACUGUUGGCCGUGUCUUCAUCAGUGGCUGGAGACUCGGCCCGACAGGCAAGAGUGCCCAGUGUGUAAAGCUGGGAUCAGCAGAGAAAAGGUCAUUCCCCUGUAUGGGCGUGGGAGUCAGAAGCCCCGGGAUCCCAGAUUGAAAACUCCACCCCGCCCCCAGGGCCAGCGCCCAGCUCCGGAGAGCAGAGGGGGAUUCCAGCCUUUUGGUGACACCGGCGGCUUUCACUUCUCAUUUGGUGUUGGUGCUUUUCCCUUUGGUUUUUUCACCACUGUCUUCAACACCCAUGAGCCAUUCCGUCGGGGUACAGGUGUGGAUCUGGGACAGGGUCACCCGGCCUCCAGCUGGCAGGACUCCCUCUUCCUGUUCCUCGCAAUCUUCUUCUUUUUCUGGCUGCUCAGUAUUUGAGCCGUGUCUGCUUCCCACCCACCUCCAGCCAGAGGAAAAAUCAGUAUUGGGGGUCCUUGCCGACCCACCCUUCCCCCCCGACCCUCCCCCCUGCUCCUCCAGUCCUGCUGGCUGAGGCCACUCUCCAGGAAGGUGUGACAGCUGAACCUUGGAUGGGAGGCCCUUCUGCUCGGAACUGCUUUCUCAGUAGCAGCACACUCGCCGCUGUGGGAGAGGACGGGCCAAGAACGGCCGUUAUCUCUCCCUUCCUGAUCCCUUGUCUUCCCCCACAUUUGUUCAGCUGAUGCUGAAAGGUGGGCAAGGCUCCCUGACUCUCCCCCACUGUCCCCUUUGUUGAUUUAAUUUAAUUUUGCCUCUCCCCAGUGUCUAGUAUGGGUUCUGACUCUCACGGGCUUCCUUCCCUAACUACCUCCUGAUUCCGUGUUCAAUAAACGAGGUGAGCCGGAUUGAUGGGCACCCUCUCCCCUUGG